AUAAUAUAUACAGUAUAUCAGCCAUUAUUCACGUGGCGUUUAUUGAAACAGUAAUAGCAUAUAAUCUGUUUGUUUAGUUAUAUACAGUGUAUAUAACACAACAUCAAUUGUUUGACCACUUUUUUCGUGUCCAUCACAUCAUAAAGAGAUCAUCACUUAACUGACUGACUGACUGAAGAUGGCAUCGAUGCACGGAUUCAGACGUCGUAAUCAACAAAAUCGGGAAACACUUAUCGAUUGCGUCCAAAUUGAUGGACUGGUUGUACUAAAGAUUAUCAAACAUUGUCACGAAGAGGGCAUCGGCGGCGGCGGUUCAUCCGGCGAAGUACAGGGCGUACUGUUGGGUCUCGUAGUCGACAAUCGUCUGGAAAUAACCAAUUGUUUUGCAUUUCCCCGAAACACUGAGGACGACGAAACCGACGAAAUGGAGUACCAGUGCGUUAUGAUGAGACACUUGCGUAACGUUAAUGUGGAUCACCUACACGUCGGUUGGUAUCAAAACAAUCCGUACGGCAGUCAGAUCAGCAAAUUGGAGACAAUUGAUUCACAAUAUAUGUAUCAAUCGGCUAUCGAAGAAUCAGUUGUCCUAUUCUACGAUCCGAUUCGUACAAGUCGUGGCUUUCUAUCGUUGAAAGCCUAUCGGCUAACCAAUACGGCAAUGAAAUUAUGCAAAGAAGGCGAGUUUACCGCCGAAACGUUGAGGAAUAAUAAGAUGUCGUUCGAAAAGUUUUUCGAAGAAAUACCGCUGAGGAUUAAGAACUCGCAUCUGAUUAACGCAUUGCUGUGCGAAGUUGACGAAGAUAUGCCUGUCGACUGUGGCAAACAAUUGCUCGAUAUGGGCGGCUUCGGUGGUCUGGAGAAGACAAUGCAAACACAGAUGAAAUGUAUAGAAGAUGUUAGCAAACACUCCAAUCAUUUGCGCCAACAAACUGGUAAACAGCAACACGUGGCCAAAGAGAACGCACUGAGAGCCCAGAGAGGCGAACCUCCGCUUACCGAAGAUGAGGUAAACAAGAUAUUGAAACCAUUGGCACCGUUGCAACGUCUGGAAUCGCUUCUUAAUUAUAGUCAAACGUUGAAUCAUUGCCAACAAUCGGCAUCGUAUGCCACACAAAACAUUUCAAAACUAUUUAUGGCUAAAGCAUUGCAAGCGAAUCCAUCGACAGAGAAAUAAAUAAAUAAAUAGUUUGAAUGAAAAAAUUUAGAUUUUUUUUAAUAAUAAUAAUAAUAAUAUUACCGUUAAUUAAAUGAUGAAUCAAUUUUGAUUUAAUUGAUUAAUUGUUGUUAAACUGUAUGCUUAAC